CGGGUUGGGUCGGUUUCUACGGGUUGCGUAACCUAAAAUCCGCACCCAACCCAAUAGAGGCGGGUUGUACAAAUUAAAACCCUGACCAACCUUAAAUAAUUAAUUUUAACACUAAAUACGUGUGGGUUGGAUCGGAUUGGACGGUUAGGUCGGUUUGCGGGUGGUUUUGUUCACCCCUACCCACCUUCACCAAAACCUGUUGCAGAUAACCUUCCCGAGGCUAAUGUGAAUCACCCUAACCCAGAAGGUGACAAGCCAGCUGCAAGGAACACAACCCCAUACAUUCAAGCUAGGAAUGAAGAAUCAACUGGAAACAUCCAAUGCUUCAAGUGAUUUGGCCGAGGUCACAAGGCUAACUAGUGCCCCAACAAGAAAACUCUUGUCUUGCGAGAUGGAGAGUACUUUUUUGAGGAGGAGUAUGAAGAGAAGCUCAUGGGGAAUGGAUUUGGUUCUGAUGUUGAUUCUGAAGAUGAUGAUGUGGAUGAGCACAUCAAGGCUGAGAAACCUCCAAUAGGUAAAUUUCUUGGGGUGAACUGCCGAGCUUUAUCUAUUGAAGCUUACACAGAGACGGAGCAGAGGGAUAAUCUAUUUCACUCUCAUUUACUGGUCGACGGGAAGGUGUUGUCUAUGGUCAUCGACGAUGGUAGCUGCACCAAUGUGGUUAGCCUGGAUGCAGUCAAUAAGCUGGGAUUGGACACAAUCAAGCAUCCUCAACCAUACACUCUGCAUUGGAUGAACGACAAUAGGAACAUCAAAGUCAUCAAGAAGGCUAAGGUUUGUUUUCAUAUAAGUGAUUAUGCAGAGGAGAUUCGGUAUUAUGUUGCUCCAAUGCAGGCUGCUCAUCUCUUAUUGGGUCGUCCGUGGCAAUAUGAUCGAUGAGAUAUUCAUGUUGGAAGGCACAACAACUACCGGUUCAAGAGAGGUGACCGGAAGUUCCUGCUAAAUCCAUUGUCACCAGCUGAAGUCCGGGAAGAUCAACAAUAGCUGGCCAUGAACUGGGCCAAGGAGGAAGGAAGUUAAAGUUGUUCGAAGUCAGAGGACGGAAGUGGAACGUAUCUGAUGGUGCAAAGGAACAUUUUGAUUGCAUUGAGGAGAAGUUCAUUUGGAAAUAUUGUUGAUGUGGUCUCUUGUAGGAAAACACCAGCUUUGAGGGCAAAGCUUCUCCAACGGGGAGGGAUUGAUGCGGCCCUAGCAGCAGCGGAAGAAGGGUUGGCGGAGGGGGAAUACUCGACCAAGCAUACUAAAUACCCGACCGGGUAUUUUGUAGCAGACUGGCAUUUUGGGCAGAAGUCCCCCUGGUCGUGGAGGCUAAAUACCCGACCGGGUAAUUUGAGUUCUGACCGGGUAUUUUGCCUGGGUGACGGGAAUUUGUCCGUUUAAGAAGUUUUUGUUAUUUUUAAUUGUCCAGACCUAUAUAAAUGGCGAAACUCAGGUUUUAGGGUUAGUUUUUAACAGAAUAUUGACUUUUAUCUUGGUUUUGAGCCUGAGGCUUGAACUUUUUCUCUGUAUCAAUCAAGUUUUCCCCUUGAUUGUGGCCAAGAUUCUAUCUGUUAUAUUGAUUGAGCCUUCUCCCAUAUUUGUGUUGAGAUUGCACUUUCAAUUCCACCCUAUCCUUAUAAACAAAAACCCCUAAACAAACGUUCUAUUGUUCGUUCUUGAAGAUGCGUGAUAACUACGAGUACAGGCUCCGUGCUUGUAUCACAUUCUCAUAUAGUCAUUUUAGACUAGCUACAUAGAGGAGAAGGAAGGUACCACCACUGAUGAUGAUGACAUCUCCUUAGCUGCAAACCCCUAUACUUUGACUAGACUAGGCACUCGUGUAGAGUGUUAUAGAGAUUUGUGUAUUCGUGCAGCCUUACUCUUACAAUGGAGUGAUGCCCUCUAGUAAUAGGGGAGGAUUCGACAUAAAAAAACCUAGGAUCGGGUCUCACUGGGGACUGUGAAGUAUUUGAUAAGUAAGCAUCAAUGACUAUCUCUGCACCCCUACCUCCUUUAUCACUGAACGAUCAUUUAAGGGCUUUAGCUGGAGAUUAAGGCUAUUUCCCUCUCGACAAUGAAGCUUAUUUCCCAUCGUCUCACUGGCUGACCUUGACCCUAUUAUUUUGAGGUCAUAUCUAGCAUUCGUAGUUUGCCUUGAUCUGGUACCGCUCUCGCAACCCACACCAAAAUAGCGAUUUACCUCUAGAUGUUUAGUUAACUGUUGUGCCUCAACGCAUUUGUCCCAGAAAGCCUUGGGCAUAAAAUUUUAUUUAAAGUCUCCAUGAUCUUCUUCCGACUAGGAAAGAGUCUCCUAAACCUAGUAGUCUUAGGAAACUUUGUCAACAAGGAAAAUGGAGGGUGGAUACGGUACGUUGGUUUGACCCGCCGUUCUGAUUCUUCAUGAUUUGGGCUUCUUGAUCCAUGGACUUUAAUUCCAGACGAUUUGGGUUGCAACUUUGGGUAGCGGCGGUUGGACGCGUUGCUUAGGCCGCUGCUCUUUCUUGCUUCAGAAUGGGUUAAUUCUUCCUCCCAUGGGCUCAUUCUAACAUAAUCUAACAACUUCUAGUUGACUUCUUCAUCAGUGGACCACUCCUUUCCCGUGGAAACUCCAUAAACUUAUCUUGAUAGCUCAUUUGGUCCUACAGAGUCCUUCAAUGCUUGAUCCAAUCUUACUUAGUUUGCGUGUACCUUCAAAACCAUCAAAAGUAUACCUUGAAGGCAUCGAAUAGUACAAAAACAUCGCCUAGGUCUAUUAAAAGCUCAUUGAUCAAAUAGUUGUGAUUUAGACAAGAAACCAAUUAAAAUUACUAAAGAUGC